GUAGCAGGCAGCAGCGACUACACCCUGGAGGAGAGCAGCGUCUGCACAGCUACAUUCACCGUUACACCGGCUGCACGCAACCGGCUGGUCCUCCGGAGUCUCAACCCGUUGUCCGAAAACUCACACCGAAGACUUUAAAAAACAUGUUUGUCAGUUUUCUGUCUGUCGUGUUUCUGCUGGGCGCUGCAGUCAGAGGAACGACAACAACAGAUCUUACCACGCAUAAUGUCACCGAUGGGGGAAUGAUCAACGAGACAUCCACCACUCCUGAGAUUUCUCACAACCACACGACCAGCAGUUUUACAACUUCACUACCCUCUACCACAGAGCACUUCACAGCUUCAGUAGCCACUACAACUGUAGAAAAAGCCACAGCAGAAUCUACAACUUCACUACCCUCUACCACAGAGCACUUCACAGCUUCAGUAGCCACUACAACUGUAGAAAAUGCCACAGCAGAAUCUACAACUUCACUACCAUCUACCACAGAGCACUUCACAGCUUCAGUAGCUACUACCACUGUAGAAAAUGCCACAAUAGAAUCUACAGCUUCACUACCAUCUACCACAGAGCACUUUACAACUUCAGUAGCCACUACAACUGUAGAAAGUGCCACAGAAUCUGCAACUAAGAAACCAACCACCACCCCUGCAGAGACGACCUUCUCUGAGCCGAGCACCGAGCCCACCACCACUACAGUCAACAGCACCGUGGAGAACAGUAUAUUCACCAGCAGCAGUCCAGCCAGUGGUACAACGCUGUCCACUACAAGCCCAGAGCCAAGCCAACCCACCAACACUAGUGAGACUCCAAAAACAACCACCACACCUGCUCCAGAUCACACAAUGACCAGCGACAACACAACUACAAGCGCACCGAUCACCCAAAGCAAUGACACGACUACAAGUACACCAGUCACACAUAGCAACGAAACGACUACAAGUACACCAGUAACACAUAGCAACGAAACGACUACAAGUACACCGGUCACACAAAGCAACGUCACGACUACAAGUACACCGGUCACACAAAACAAUGAAACAACUACAAGUACACCGGUCACACAAAACAACGAAACAACUACAAGUACACCGGUCACACAAAACAACGAAACAACUACAAGUACACCGGUCACACAAAACAACGAAACAACUACAAGUACACCGAUCACACAAAGCAAUGAAACAACUGCAAGUACACCGGUCACACAAAGCAACGAAACAACUGCAAGUACACCGAUCACACAAAGCAACGAAACAACUACAAGUACACCGGUCACACAAAACAACGAAACAACUGCAAGUACACCGAUCACACAAAGCAACGAAACAACUACAAGUACACCAGUCACACAAAGCAACGAAACAACUACAAGUACACCAGUCACACAAAACAACGAAACAACUACAAGUACACCGAUCACACAAAGCAACGAAACAACUACAAGUACACCAGUCACACAAAGCAACGAAACAACUACAAGUACACCGAUCACACAAAGCAACGAAACAACUACAAGUACACCGAUCACACAAAGCAACGAAACAACAACAAGUACACCGAUCACACAAAGCAACGAAACAACUACAAGUACACCGAUCACACAAAGCAACGAAACAACUACAAGUACACCGAUCACACAAAGCAACGAAACAACUACAAGUACACCGAUCACACAAAGCAACGAAACAACUACAAGUACACCGAUCACACAAAGCAAUGAAACAACUACAAUCACGCCGAUCACACAAAGCAACGUCACGACUCCAAGUACACCAGUCACACAAAGCAAUGAAACAACUACAAUCACACCGACUGCACAGACCAACAACACAACCUUGGUUACAGCCAUAACACAGCCGAGCAACAUCACAACAACUCCAGCAGCCACACAAACCAACAACGGCACAGCAAAUCCAAGUCCAGUAACUCCAGAAACCUCUACAGCUGUACUAACUACAACUACACUAACAAACUCUACUAACACCUCACCUGUGAUUCCCGCAUCCACCACCACAUCCUCGUCCUCCACUAUCACCACAAACACAACCCUCACAGCCGGACCCCUACCCUCCUCACCUACCUCCAUCUCCACCUCCAGCUCUCUCCCUCCAAACACCUCCCCAGGCAGUAGCACCGUAACCCCCACUGGAAAUACCACCACCCUUAGUCCCUCAACAGCAACCUCAGGAGUGACCAGCCACACUGCAGGAACCACCACUUUGACUCAUUCAACCACACCAGCUAGUGGCAAUACAUCAGCCUCCUCCACCGCCACUCCAACCUCCACCACCACCACCAUCAGCACUGGUACCACCAUCACUGUCACCACCAUGCGACCAACAGACACCACCACCAACUCCACCACAGCUGCCCCGCCCAUCCCAGUCAAAGUGUGCCCUGCUGUCCCAUGCCCACUUGAUAGCAUCUGUCUUAAUGGCACUUGCCAGUGUCUCUCUGGCAGCUUCCUGCAAGAUGACCGCUGUGUACCCGCCCAAGUGUUCCCAGGCCAGCUUCAUCUCACCUCCUUGACAUUUCAAAAGGAAAUGAGCAACAGGUCCUCUCCAGUAUUCCAGGAUACAGCGGCUGAGAUCUCAGCAGCGCUCAAAGAUGCCCUCAAAAAUCAGCCAGGGUAUAUUCGGUCUGAGGUCGUGCAACUGGCACCAGGAAGUGUGCAAGCAACUGUAAAUAACGUCUUUGUAAACACCAACGCCACUCAAGAGACUGUUGAUAACUCCAUUAAAGAGGCCAUAGACAACUCAGCUAGCUCAAAUACACUGUUGGCUAAUGCUACAUUUACAGCUACAAACCUGUGUGAGCAGGACCCAUUACCCUGUGAUGUCUUCACUACAACUUGCACAAAUACAAACGGACGGCCUGUUUGUUCCUGUAAAGAGGGCUACAUCUCCAUCUUGUACUCAAACACCAGCUGCAUAGCGUGUCCGAGCGGGCAGAGGGCAGUGGGAGACACGUGCCAUCCAUGUGCAUUUGGAUAUGCUGGCUUCAACUGCAAUGAUUCGGCUCUGUUGGCAGUGGUGGUCAUCUCCUGUGUACUAGGGGGAGUUCUUCUCCUCCUGAUCCUGGCUUUGCUCAUUUACUGCUGCUGGAUGAGAUGCUCAAAGAGCAAGCCAGACUACAGCAGCAGUCCAUACUCAUCAGGCGAUGUAAACCAACCCUGGCCCACUGGCGUCACCCCCAUCCCCCGUGCCACCACUAACUGGGAUGCAACUCCUUCCAUAGAGAUGACAGAAGGGGGCAGCACUCGAGGCCUGGUGGACAAAAAGAAUUCAACCAACGGACUGGGGUUUCAUCCGAAGGAGAAAGGAUGGAAAAAGUCGGGAUCGUACGAUCUCGACCCAGAAGGAAUGAAGACCUUCAAGGGUAAAAAUCCAUCCCGUUACUCCUAUCUGGUUCAAGGCCACGAGAACCCCUACUUCCUACCAGGAGACGACAAGAAAAACUGACAAUCACCAGGCCAGCUGAAAUCCAUGCAGGAACCAGGAACAUGGGAUCAAAAAUGAGUCGCUGAUUUAAACUCCGGGUCUACUGAGCAGGACCAGGUUAUUUAUACAUGUUUGAACUUACUGGGAUUAAUGACAAAAGGAAAACAGCCACCAAAGAGAUUCCUUCAUAUGAACAAUCUGUUGAAAGUGAGGUUGUGUGCAUCAUGUCUGUUCUUUGCAAAGAGCUAAAUGGUGCUGAUUAUAACCAGUAGAUGUCGCCGUUGCUCACUAUAAUUCUCUCUUUUUAAAGGUACAUUUGACUUUUUUUUAAAAAUCAUUCUGUAGUCUUUUAAAAUGAAGCUUCUUACAUUUGCUAAUUGCACUAAAGUGUGUGUUAAGUUUACCACCAGUUUUCCUCUCAAAUCAAAGCUAAAUUGAAUGUGGGCUUUUCUAGAUAUUUUUCUUAUGGGUGUGAUUAUUUUUUAGAAAAAGAAAUCUAUGACUAAAGGGGCUGGAUCCCUGGUUCGGGAUAUUUUUAAAGGGAUUUAUAUUGUAGCUGAGCGCUCUCAAUCUGUUGCAAAAUGUGCCUGUUUGUCAAAUAGGAAACAUGCAAAGCUGGUGAUAAAGCCUGUCUCCUGGAUGUGCCAAUUAUCACGUGUAUACAAUUCUUUUGAAAACUCUUAUAUAUAUAUAUAUAUUUAUCCUCAUGUGUCUGAGACAGUGCACUGUUUUUUAAGUGUGUGAAGAUCUGUUGGCAGAGAAUGUAUGUGUGUGUGUUUGUGUGAGUGUGUGCAAUGGAAAUAAAUUAAUUUAAACACAA